CAAAUUCAAAUCUCACCAUGGCUUCAUAGUUUCAGUUUCUCGCUGAAAAGAGUACGAGUAGAAAGAAGAAGGAAGAGCGAGAAGGGGUAGGAAAGAGUAGAAAGAAUGGAAGGAGAUCAACCAUCCCCUUCACCAUCACCAAAUCCUUCUACGCUCCUCAGAGACAUCUCCAACUUUAGAACUCCUAAGCAUUCCUCUCAAAACCCUACUUUUAAUUCACCAUUUCCUCACUUCUUUACUGCAUCAAAACAAACCCCAUCUUCUUCAUCCUCUGCUUUCCGUCGCCGCACUUCAAUUGCUCCAUCCUCUAGAUCAAAAGCUGCUCGCAAACUCAAAGCUUUCGAACUCGAACAAUAUCAGUCCUCUCUCAAGGCCCAAAUUCUCAAAGAGAAAUCACUUAAAUGUCUUGCCAAAUCACUCUCUGCUUGGCUCAAUUUCCUCUUGGAGAAUCCUAAAUCUUGUGGUUGCGAUCUUUCCGCCUUGAAUGGAGCAGCUCGAGUGGAAAUUGAGGCGACGGUGUUUGCGAACGGUAAGAGGGACAGUUGGCCAGGAGUUGACAUUGGGAUCGACGGAGCCUGGAGGGCCCCAAAGCGCCAGAGGGAUAAGUCGUGGCAGGCUGCACAUUUUGCUAAUGCUGAGCCGUCAUUGUCAUUGUCGGCAUUUUCAUCACUGGAGAUUUCAAUGCGGGAGGUUUGCAGCUUUGAAGAUUUGACGCAGCGGAUGAGGGCCUACCUGAGUUUAGGGAGCUGCAAGGAGGUUCUGUCUGUAAUCAGUCAAGUAGCAAAGAAUAUAGAUGAAGGGAGGUUCAAGAUGAAAGCACACUGUCCCAUAGUAACCGAUGUAGGAAUGAAGAAGAAGGCCACACGAGUUCUCAUGACUUAUAAUCCAAUUUGGCUUCGAAUUGGAUUGUACAUUAUUUUUGGUGGUGAAUCCUUUUUUCCCUCUGUAGAUGUAAAUUCUGAUCAAGAAGUCCUGUUCUUAAAGAUGGUGGUUGAGAAGCAAUUCUUUUCUCAUGCGGGUCUCGCAAGAGCUUAUGCUUAUAACAAGUUGGUUGAAGGUCUAUACAGACCAGGUUACUUUGAGGUUUUGGGAAAUGUCAUAUUGAAGAGGUUUUUGUUGCUUGUUCUUAUACUUGAUAGAGCUAAAUCUCAAAGCAGUCUUCCGAUCAAUUAUGGUAUUGAUGGGACUGAUGGGGGUUCUCCACUGUUGUUCAUUUCUCAAUCUGAUAUUAAAUCAAGUCGACAAGUUAUACAUGAUUUCUUAUCAUCGGAGGUAAUGCAUGGAGAAGGCAAUGUUCUUGCACAUCUGGUAAUCAUUGGAUACAAAGUCCAUUACCAACAGUACACACUCUUGGAGUAUGACUUCACUGUGAAAGAGUUAUUUGAAGAUCUUCAGGAUGGUAUACGGCUUUGUAGAGCCAUUCAACUCCUGCAACACGAUGCCUCAAUUCUCAUGAAAAUGGCAGUUCCUUCAGACACUAGGAAGAAGAAUUUAGCAAAUUGUCAGUUAGCUAUGCAAUAUCUCAAACAGGCUGCUGUGCCAUUAUAUGAUGAAGAUGGAGAGAUGAUUUUAGCUGAAGAUGUUGUUAAUGGAGACAAGGAGCUCACCCUUUCGCUGCUGUGGAAUAUCUUUGUUCACUUACAGUUACCACUGUUAAUCAACAAGACACUGUUGCUUGAAGAAAUAUCUAAAGUCAAGGGGGCUAACAUGGACCAUUCAAAGGGUAAAACUUCCAAUCUGAUGGAAAUGCUUCUGGAGUGGAUUCAGGUCAUUUGUCAGAAGUAUGAUGUCAAGGUUGACAGUUUUGCAUCUUUGGUUGAUGGUAAAGCCAUGUGGUGCUUGAUUGAUUACUAUUUCCAUAAGGAACUUUGUUGUUCUUAUUUUCAUAAGGGGGUUCAGGAUGCCAAUUAUGAAGAGUCUAUUUUGUUAUCUGCUGAUAAUACCGAUGCAAUACACAACUUUAUUUUAUCGCAGAAGCUAACAUCAAUCUUGGGAAAUUUUCCUGAGGUUCUGCAAAUGAGCGACAUACUUGAACACCAUGGUCCCUGUAAUGAACAUAGUGUGAUAGUUUUGUUGGUAUUCCUUUCAUCUCAGCUGAUUGGCAGGAAAAACAUGGAUAUAUUGAAUCUGCAUAAGCUUCUGGGAUGCAAUUGUCAAAGUCCACAUAAGAAGCGUUUAAGUCUAGAGAAGUGUUUGCUGAAUUCUGAAAAGCCAGUGAAAGAAAAUGGAUCAGAUGAAUACAGAGAUGCUGUGAAAACAGUUAGAGCCAUCAAGGCUUGGUGGGAAGAUAUGGCUAAACGAAACAAUAGCUGUGUACAUAAACCAUCUGCCUCUAAUGUACGGGGUCAUGUGGAUAGCAAUCAGUUCUCUGACAUUCAAAGAGAAAGGGCUGCAAAAAUCAUACAGUCUUAUCUCAGAGGUUCAAUUGAGUGCCACAAGUUUUUGAAGAUAAAGUCCGCAUCUUCUUUGCUGCAAACUGUUAUUCUGGCUUGGCUAAAAGUGAAGCAGAUGGGAACCUUCAAGAAAGCCAGUUCCUCAGUCAUUGUACUGCAGUCUUUUGGAUUGCAGGAACACUCACACACAUUUCAGAGGUAUUUUAAGUUCUUAGUUGACAGACAUAGCUUUAUCAGGUUGAGAAAGUCCGCUUUGAUUAUUCAGCAAGCAGCAAGGGCUUGGAUUAAGCGAAGACAUCAGAGUGAAAGCAUGUUCAAUGUUGAGAGUAAGCUGAUGGAUGGCAAAUUGAUAGUUAAGGACCUCCAAAUUGAUGCGGAGGAUAAUAUUCAGGUUGCUUGGAGAGAACUUGCCAUGCACACUUCUUUCUCCAACCAAUGCAUUGCUGCAACCAUAAUUCAGAGUCAUUGGCGUGGUUGGUUCAUGAGGAAAAACUUUUUGCAUCAAAGGAGAGCGCUGAUAGAGAUUCGGAGUAUGAUUCGAUCUCUAAAAUGUCAGAUGGUGUUUCAACAAUGUACACUUAGGUCAGCAAUCAUAAUUCAAUCCUGUAUUCGUGGAUGGGUUGCUCGGAGAGAAGCUAAUAGAGUGAGGCAUCAAAUUGUUGUGAUUCAGAGUCAUUGGCGCAGUUGGAUGGCGAGGAAAGAUUUUUUAAAUCAAAAGAAUGCUAUAAUAAAGAUCCAGAAUGACCUCAGAUGCGUAAAAUGCUGGAAGACUUUUCAGAGUUACAGGCAUGCAGCCAUUGAAAUUCAACGGUUUGUCAGAGGGCAGGUUGAUCGAAGGAGUCUUGUCGGUGCUUCUUGUCUUAACUCGGUUAGAGGGUAUUGUUGCAUUGAUGAGAUCUCGAGAGACUUCAUCCAGAGCCCUGAAUUGAAAGUUCUUUUGUAUUCAGUUCUGAAAUUGCAAAGGUGGUGGAAGAGCUUCUUGUGGAUGAAAUCCAGAACAAGGGCAGUUAUAGUUAUUCAGUUGCAUAUUCGUCAAUGGAUUGCUAAACAAGUUGCUAGAAGGAAGUGGCAUUGUAUUGUUGUGAUUCAAAGUCAUUGGCGCAGUUGGUUGGUGAGGAAAGAUUUUCUAAAUCAAAAGAAUGCUAUAAUAAAGAUCCAGAAUGGUCUCCGAUGCGUAAAAUGCAGGAAGGCUUUUCAGAGUUACGGGCAUGCAGCCAUGGAAAUUCAACGGUUUGUCAGAGGGCAGAUUGAUCGAAGGAGGCUUGUAGGUGCUUCUUGUCUUCACUCGUUUAGGCGUCGUUGUUGCAUUGAUGAGAUAUCGAGAGACUUCAUCCAGGGCCCUGAAUUGAAAGUUCUUUUGUAUUCAGUUCUGAAAUUGCAAAGGUGGUGGAAGAGUGUUUUGUGGAUGAAAUCCAGAACAAGGGCAGUAACAGUUAUUCAGUCUCAUAUUCGUCAGUGGAUUGCUAAACAAGUUGCUAGAAAGGAGCAGCAUCGUGUUGUUGUGAUCCAAUCAUAUUGGAAAGGGUACCUUGCACGGAAAGAAUCGAAAGAGCAGGUACAAGAUUUGCGGAUCAGAGUGCAAAAGUCUGCUGCAAAUGUGGAUGAUAGUAUGCGUCUUAUAAAUAGACUUGUAGCCGCUCUUUCAGAACUAUUGAACAUGAGAAGUGUCAGUAGCAUUCUUCAUAUUUGUUCUACUCUAGAUGUGGCUACAACACAUUCUCAGAAUUGUUGUGAGAAGCUUGUGUCUGCUGGAGCCAUUGACACACUAUUGAAACUGAUUCGUUCAGUCAGCCGUAGCAUCCCUGAUCAAGAGGUUCUAAAAUAUGCGCUCUCGACACUCAGAAACCUUGCUCACUACCCACAUUUAGCUGAUGUGCUUAUUCAUACCCAUGGAUCUGUAGAAAUAUUCCUCUGGGAGUUACUCAGGAACAAGGAGGAAGGAUUUUUCAUUGCCUCUGAGCUUUUGAAGAAAUUGUGCUCAACACAGAAAGGCUAUGAUGCUGUACACAGACUCCCUCUCCUCUUAAAGAGGCUAUAUAGCCUUGCUGAAGAUCUCAAGAGAAAAGCAAACAAUGAUAAGAGGAAUGGCCGUCCGCUGGCUUUAAGGGACAGCACCGAACGAAGGUUGAGAGAGGUUGAAGAGCUCUUGAAAUUGAUUACAACUGCAUAAAAAUGUUUAGCCGAUCUGGUCUUAAAAAAAUCCUUGUUUCUAUCUUGUAUUGGAUUGUAAUAU